CUGCCUACUUUUGGGUUUGAGUUUUUUGCUUCUUCUUCUUAAACGAGAGAAGAGUAUGAAAGCCCUUGAACGAGAGAAGAGAAAGAAAGAGCUAGAGACCAAGAAGAAAAAUUCAAGAAUUGCACCAACCAAAGAGAAACAGAGGAGAUCAUGAUGCUCACAAACGCAAAUGCCGGAGGAGGAGAUGACAACAGAAGUAUCCAAGGAGGACAUUUUGUUGAUUGGCCUAGAGUUGAAUAUAAGUUAUACAUACAUAUGCAUCAGUCUGCCUUGUUUCUUUUGCUUUUGCUUGGUAGUAUGCCUUUGUCGUCGUGUUCCAUAUCUCUGAGGUUUUCAGAGAACAAUGAGACACUCGUGUCUCCUAGUAAGCUCUUUGAGAUGGGUCUCUUCAGAUCCAGGGUUCCAGAACAGAAUCGUUGGUAUCUAGGAAUUUGGUUUACAAAAUUCCCCAGCAAAGUAGUUUGGGUUGCUAAUAGAGACGAUCCUCUCUCCAGUCCCACUGGAAUCUUCAACAUCUCAAAUUCGGAGCUGGUCCUCUUCGAUAGUUUCGGUGUUGUAUGGAAGAGGAACUUGGAGAACCUUGUCAAUAAGGAAUCCUCGGUGGUGGCAGAGCUUCUCGAUAACGGCAAUUUCGUGGUAAAAGAUCCAACCGGGUUGUUAUUGUGGCAGAGCUUUGAUUCUCCCACUGACACUUUACUCCCUGGAAUGAUACUUCAUGAUCAUGACACAAGCAUACAAUCCUGGAAAAGCUCACAAGAUCCGUCCAGUGGAGACUUCAGAUACUUGAUCACAAAUCUUCAAGAAGGUUUCAUUCUUCUUGGCGAUGGAAUUUACGCGACACGUAUCUUUCCGAUCAAAACAGUACCUUCCACUACGAAUGCCACCUUCCCUGCAAUGUUAAGAAUGGAGGAAGAUGGAGUCGUCCGGCUCCUCGUCUGGCGAGGAAAAUGGGAAGUGGACUGGACUUCUCCAGCUGAGGACGAUUGUGAUACGUACAAAGCCUGUGAUGGUGAUAAUAAGUUCUGCAACAUAGUAAACCUUAACCCCAUGUGUAACUGUAUCAAAGAAUUUGAGCCAAGUGACCAUCAUUCUGGAAAGCAUUGCGUGAGAAAGACAAAACUGAGUUGCCUUGAGAAAGAGUUUGCCAAGAUGACAAAUAUGAAGCUUCCAGAGUUUGGAGAGCAAAUGAUCCACACGAUUGCAGUUGUACGGCGUUUGCAAACGUGGACACGCAAAAUGGCAUGUCAGAUUGCAUGAUGUGGUCAGAUUCUGAGCCGUUAAUUGAUGUUCGCAGUUACAAUGGCGGCGACAAGGGGCAAGAUCUAUAUAUAAAGAUAGCCGUGCCUGCAGAUUUCGGAAAUAAGAAUAUGAGUGAAACCACCAUCGGGUUGAUUGCUGGAGGAGCCAGCACAUUGCUUCUCAUCUUCAUCGUGCUUCUCUUAUUCAAAAAAAGAAUAAGAAAGAUGAUGGCAAGAACAAUUGUGUGUCAACGUGAAAAUCCAACCAUGGAGAUGAUAAGCAUAACCGAGGAAUGGCAAUCAAAAGCCAUGGAUUUUGAAGUCAUUUCCCAAGCCACCAACUUCUUCUCUGACUCCAACAAGAUUGGAGAAGGUGGUUUUGGUAACGUUUACAAGGGUCGGUUACUUAACGGGUUAGAGGUUGCUGUCAAGAGGAUUAUUAGUAUGACACCUGAGGGGAUCGAAAACUUUGACAACGAGGUGAGACUCAUUGGGCUAGUUCAGCAUAUAAACAUCAUCCGACUCAUUGGUUUUUUCUCUGACGAAAACGAGAGGAUCCUAGUAUAUGAGCACCUGGAAAACCUAGGACUCAACUCGUGCAUUUUCGACACAACCCGAAGCUCUUCUUUAAACUGGCAAAAGAGAUUCGACAUUGCCAUUGGUAUUGCUCGAGGGCUUUCAUACCUUCACCAAGAUUCCCGAUUCAAGAUAAUCCACCUUGACCUGAAACCAAGCAAUAUCUUGCUUGGUGUAGACAUGAUCCCAAAGAUCUCCGAUUUUGGGAUGGCAAAGACACUGGCAAGGGACGAGACAGAAGCUAUUGCCACGGGCGGGGGCGGAACUUUUGGUUACAUGCCGCCCGAAUACUUGAGAAACAAUAUAUACUCUGUGAAAUACGAUGUUUUCAGCUUUGGGGUCUUGCUUCUUGAGAUUCUCAGUGGAAAGAGAAACAGUAGGUUCCCUGCCCUGAACGACGGAGAAACUCUUCUAAGCUACAUAUGGAGUAACUGGAGCGAAGGAAAGGGGCUAGAGAUCGUCGAUCCGGCCAUUACAUCUUCAUCAGAAUUUCGACCAGAUCAAGUUCUAAGGUGCAUACAGAUUGGUCUCUUGUGCGUUCAACAACUUGCACAAGACAGACCGACUAUGUGGUUGGUGGUUCUCAUGCUAGAAAGUGAAACAGUUGAUAUCGAUAUGCCUAAAUCCCCCGGUGACACUAGUUCAUCCUCGAGGGAACAUCUAGAUGAUGAAUCUUACAGCGUUUGUCAAAUGACCAUGUCGACCAUGAACGGUCGGUAAUAACUUACUUCCAGAAAUUCGACAAGGAUUCUAAGUUUUAUAACAUCUCGUUUUCGAACAAAAAGUUAUCUUUGUAAAACUCAAAUCUCUCAAGUUCA